AUGCCGCAAGGAGAGACGGAGCCCCUCCUCCCUCGCUACGAGGAGGACACCACCCUCCAGCGUCGCCUGCAUCAGAAAUUGCAUACCUACCAGAUGAUCCGUGCCCUUUCGGAUGGGUACAUGCCGUCUACAGAACAGACCAUCAUCAAUCUCCGCUCCUUCUUAGCUUCCGACAUCCUAUCCCCACAUACCCAUGAUGUCGGUUCCGUGGGCCGUCAAAUCGUUCGCGAUUUCCGUCUCUGGAUCCAGCUCUUUAUCGAACUCCUGCAGGAGAAGAAUGGGGACGAUAAACUGCAGGACUUCUUGUGGCACUUGUCACGGUCCAAAGCAUCCCUAGACCCGAACAAGAUCCAGCAACGGGCCACCCAGACGAAGGCCAGAGCAGAUACCAAAGCGGGUACAGACUUCCAUUCUCUUUCCGUUUCUAUGCCGGGCUCCUAUGAUAGCUUGCGCACCGUUGGAGGCCUGCUCCUGACCAAUGCGGACUUCCGUCUGUUUGUCGAUGAUCUAGCCACCGUCGGGCGCCAGAUCUUUUCCGACACGGCCUUCUCGCUAUCCAGUGCUUCGAAGCAAGUGGGGAGGCAAUUAAAGCCCUCCCAGGAAGACAUCGAAGCCGUACAGGGGGCAGGUGCAGAUGAGGGUCGUGCGGCAGACAACGAAGAACUACGUGAAGAGGCAGCCAACGUGGCUAAGGUCGCAGGUACCGGGGUUGCUCGUACCGGUCAGGAGGCACUCCACAGUGCUAAGGAGCAUCUGGCAGGACCAGAAAAAGAAGCCUUACUCUACCGGUUGAAGCGAACCGUCUUGCAGCUUCGUGACCGCUCCGACUACUCGGAUUCGGUUGCUACUCUGGCCCAGUUGGUUGCGCGAUACGCCAAAGCAUACGCAAAUGCGGCCUCGGAUGUAGUCACGACAGCUGAAGAAGAGGUAGAUGUCAAUGUGGACCUCAAGCAGGCCGUGGAACAAUUCUGGCUCCUGGUCCAAUCUUUCGGCGAUGCACAGGAAUGGAAGACCCUACAACAGCGCUUUGAGAAGGUGCUGCAGCACGCAAACAAAGACCCAGAGUUCGAGACCUUUAUAUCCGAGACCGGGUCCAUGAUCGAGGAGAUGUUGACAGAUCCAAAAUUUUUCGACUCGGCCGACGAGAAGAUUGAUGAACUCAAGGAAAGGUCAAAACAGAUUGAGGCGGAGUCGAACUUGCGUCAGGAUGUGGACGCCUUCCUGGUACAGGCGAGACGAGCUCUGCAGACGGUCUCUAAUGAUAAUGCCGUGUCUAAACUAGUCGACGCAACCAACAAGCUGUAUCAGGAUGCCUCGGACGGCUACCAUAGCCGAGAGGGCCAGUUACCCGCGGAUCUAGUCGAAGUCUUCUUCCCCCUGAUCCUCCGCAGUAUCCAAUACAUCCCAAUCCCGCGCCUAGAGAUCUCCUCGCCGGAAGUCGACCUGUUACUGGAAAGUCUGAUCUUGGAGCCGGGCCAUACCGUCAACUAUUCGUCAUUUCUACCGUACCGGAUGCAUGUUACAACGCGCAAUGACAUUGAUAUCGUGAAGAAGCAUUCGAAGAAGACCGCGACUGAUAUCAAAACCACGUUCACCACCACCGUCUCUGGGCUGAACAUCAGUGCCGCGGAGUUUGGAUACUGGAUUCGUGCGCACUCCGGCCUGCUGUUUUACUUCAGAGAUCAGGGGAUUGCGAGCUUCUACCUGGAUAAGCGCGGAAUCGACAUCUCUCUUGACAUCGAGGUCGGGAGGGAGCGCCUGGAGCAAAUCUUCACCCUUCGCGGUGUCCGUGUGCGGAUCCACAAGCUUGACUACAAAGUUCAUCGCAGCAAGUGGAAGUGGCUCCUCUGGGUGACGAAGCCUUUCCUCAAGCACCUGGUCCGUCGGGUCUUGGAGAAGAAGAUCGCGGAGAAGAUCGUCCAAGCUGCUUUCGCGCUCAACCGAGAGCUGGUGUUUGCUCGGGAACGCUUGCGCGCGGCACGCAUUGCCAAUCCUCACGACCUUGCGAGCUUCGUGCGGGCUGUGAUGGCCCGGCUUAAGGCCAUCCCCGACACCGACGUGGAGGCCCGCGUUGGCAUUGACCCGCCUGGCAGCGGGGUAUUCAAGGGUGUCUUUGCCCCCGGCAGUCUCGUCAAAGUCUGGCAUGACGAGGCGCUGCGGGCUCAAGAGGCCAUUGAGGAGGGCGAUGAGAGCCAUGGAUUGGGGAGAACCUGGCGGAAUGACAUAUUCGAUGUUCCUACGCGUCGGGCCUAA